UGCCUUGCAACUACAUGACGAAACAUUUGCUCGUUUGCAACAAGCUACAAUUGUAUCUUCAACUUAAAUUGUAUCACUCAUUUCCUAUCUAGCAGUGCGUAAUUCAAAUCUUAUAACAACGAAUCAACAAAAGUUUAUUUAAUUAUAAUAAAACAAAUAUGAAUACAGUUAAUCCAUUAAAGCGUCCAUUAACAGUGCCAAACGACCCAUUGAAAUUGUUGGUUUGCAAAAUUUGUAAAAAAGAUGAUGUUGUUUUGAACCUGAAAACUUGUGGAUGCCUUUUCUGUGACUCUUGUGACGGUGAUCCUCGCUGUAAAUGUAUUUCAUGCAAUUCUGAGCUCGAUCAAAAGAUAAAGUUGUCGUUUAGAAAGAAUCCAAGAUGCAAGUAUUAUGGACACAACAAGUGCUUUAAUAGUGCUGAAUACAAGUGUAGAUGUCUGCCAAACUGUUUUGUUUGCAGUUCAUGCCUUACCUACAUUCAUAGGAAAAGGGCCCGCGAAUCUUGCGUUCCUGAAAUGUUGACCCGCGAAAUUACCACUAAUGAUGAAUUAUGUCAAUUGUGCAAAGAAUUUUAUGUCGGAUUUAGAAUGACUUCCCCACCGUAUUCAAAAAUUUGUUUGGAUUGUAAAACAAAUAGUAACGCUGUAUGUACUUCAAUUGAAGAAACUUCUGAUACAGACGUAGAUUGGAAUCAGUUUUAUAAAGAUUUUGAACAAUCUUCACAAAAUUUGUCAGAUAAAAUUAAAACAAUUAAGGCUGAAUUAGAAUCAAGCGAGAUAGCUUUUCAACGGCAGAAAAGUAACUGCGAAAAUGCAUUAUGUGACAUUCAGUGGUGUUUGUACAAACAUGAUUUACAAUAUCAAAUGAACAUUUUUUUACUCAAACAGCAACUUGACAACUUCGAAAAGAUUUCAGACAUUUUAAAGCCUGAUGGCAAAGUUAGGACUAUUCUGGAUCUACUCAAAAAUAAACAAUUGACUUUACAUGGAGAACCAGGAAAAGAGCAAAUAACCAAUCUGUUUAACUAUUAUCAAGAAAAAAAUCCUCGGUGUCCUGUCACUGAACAAAUCAAGACAUUUGUUAUACAAAACGAUGCAAGUAGGCAACAUCUUUUGAAGUUUCCAUUGCCUUCCACACCCAUUUCAGAUGCUUUAACGGAUUCAGAUGUAAGUGUUCAAGAAAUUAUCGACAAUGGAGUCAAGCCGUUUGUAAUUUUGGUUGAGAUACAAUCCAGAGUAAAUAAGCGUAAAAAAAUACUCGAAGACAUUGAGAAGCAUCAAGACAAAUGGGUGCGCCAAGAAAGUUUUGCUGUGAGCGACAUUGUGAUUAUAUUGGAUGUUGAUGCGACUGAUUGUCACAAAUACAAGAGAGCAGAAAUCUUGCAUGUAGGUUAUCCCGAUUGUACAGUCUUUCUGCUUGAUUUUGGCUACAAAAUCAAAGUCAAAGCUAGUGCAAUUGGUAAAAUUAACGAAAUCAAAAUUGAUAGACAAAAAACUUGUUUCCUUGCUCAACUCACGGGAAGUGUUGAUUUAAAGGCUAAUACGCAAAAGGAUUUGAUUUCCGAAAUUUUCGAAUCCCAAAAUGAAUAUCCUAAGGCUCAGCACUUACAUGUAAUUGAUUAGUCCAAGUGAAGCUUCUACAUUUAAUUUUCUACAUUUUCUACAUUUUCGAGACUAAUGGGUCAGGACCAGGACUCAAGUUAUUCAACUUAUCUUUUAACAUUGUUUUCUACAGAAAACACUUUUCGACUUUCAUAUUAAUAGUAUCCGAACGAAAUGAUCUAAACUCCUUAAAUUCAACAACAAGAUUGAUAAUUCUGAUAAUUUUAUAGCUUUUAGCUUAAAAUAAGGCUAUUUCAUGGUAGUGUUAUUAUAAACGAAACGAACGUAUGCUGUUCAAUAAUGUUGCCUUCAAAUUUAAUUUAACCCUAUUGUAAAAAUUGGUAGAUAAAAAA